AUGGCGGCGGCCGACCUCCUACCGGACGACGUGCUGGAGGAGAUCCUCCGCCGCCUCGCCCCGUCGCCGCGCAGCCUCGCCGCGUGCCGCGUCGUCUGCAAGGCCUGGCGCGCCGCCGUCGACACCCGGUGCCCGCCCCCGCGCCCGGACCUCCUCCCGCUCUCCCUCGCCGGCAUCUUCUUCUCCGGCUUCUACUUCGCACAUGAGUACCUACCGGGGUUCUUCGCACGGCGGGGGCACCAUCACUGCGACCGGAUCUUCCCCAAGCUCGACUACCUCGACGACGCACCCAUCUCCAAGCUGGAGGCCAUCGACCACUGCAACGGCCUCCUCCUAAUGCAAGAGUACAUCGUCAACCCGGCCACGCGGCGGUGGGCACGGCUGCCCCCGACGCCGGAGUGGAGCCCCGCGGGAUCGGACUUGGAGGCGGUGGUCACCGACUCAUGUCGCGAGGAGUACCUCGUGUUUGACCCAACCGUCUCGCCGCACUACGAGGUGUUCUCCAUCCCCGAGCUUGUCUUCUGCAGAGGUGAUGACAAAGACAAUGCCGAAUCGGUGGUAAGACAGCAUGAGUGGCCGCCAUCGCCAUUUGUCGUGCAAGUCUAUUCGUCGGCGACGGGGAGGUGGGAGAAAAGGUCGCUCGUCCGGCGAGGGGAGGCCGCCGGGACCAUUGCUGAUGUGCACUACUCAUCUUGGAUGGUUUGGCUGCUGCACGAAGUACUGCUUGGUGGUGGUCAGAUGGAGUGGAUGCUGAUACACGACGUCAGUCUCGAGCAGAUCAUGGCAGAUUUCCGCUGGAAUCCUGAAGCUGUUAAGCCAUGGAUCAAACAUAAUACGUACCGUGGCGAGAACAAGAAUAAUGAAGAAAUAUCAGAAGAUGAAUCUCCUGGUUGGGACUCUGAGGAUGAUAGCAUCGUUGUUUAUACGGAAGAUAUGAUGGUGGCGUAG